AAUCAACUUGAUCAACUCAAUCACUUUUGACCUAUUUCACACUUCACAGGCAUUCCAAUAUUCACAAUACUUAUAGAAGUCUUCUCAGACAAUCACUAAUUUCAUUAUUGAGGGAAAGCCAUAACAAUCAUUAGUAGGGCAAUGCGCCGGCUUCGAAUCCAGUCAUAGCCCUAGAGCAACUGUAGGCAUCAGCAGCCAUGAGUUCUAUGCUGAAAAAGACCGGAGGCUUGUCCUUCAAGCCAAAGGUCGCUCCUCGUCGAGCAGGUGCUUCCGCCUCUUCAUCUCAAGCACCUCCUGCAUCUGCUUCCCCUAGUGCUACUCAAGCUUCUACUGUUGAACCCUCAUCGCAAGCAUCAACUCCCGCACCCGCCGCUCCUACCCCCGCCCCCUCAGUCGAAUCCAGUUGCAGAACAGCACAAACGCAGGAGGCCACGAACGAAAUCCCUAAGGAGGUCCCGCAGGAGGAAAUAUCGAGACCACCUACCCAAGCUCAGAAAGCUCCUACGAUCCACCCCGAAUCCGGGCCAACAUCGACCCCGGCAGCAUCUCCUGCAAUUGUCGAAAAGCCUUCCCAUCAGGCACUUCCAGCCCCGACCCCAUCGCCCAUAGAGAGAUCUUCACAACCAACCCCAACACCGGUUGUAGACGAGCCUCCCCAGCAACCACCGUCAGUUUCGGCCCCAGCAAUCGGACGAACGACACAACCUACUCCAGCACCAGAGGCCACACAGCUAGACAGGCCCACACCUGCCACUUCUUCAGGUACACCGUUUACUACCAUCUCUCGACCUGCUGCUGUUAUGUAUACGCCCACGCCAGAGCCCACGGCUCCAACACAAAUAAGAACCGCUCCUCCGUCUCCGGCCCCCGUUUCUGAUACAAUCGCCGUCUCUGCUCCGGUUGACGAGCCUACCACCAAUGCCCCGAAAAAGAAGAGAGUAUAUCGCAAGCGAAAAUCUACUGAAGAUGGUGCAGAUGCAGAAGGCUCUGCACCAAAGAAGAGGCGAGCCCGCAAGAAUACUACGACGGGGGACAAUGGCACGGCUCCAGCAAGAGGCGCUAGGGGAAGAUCUAGGCAGCGUGAACGCUCUUCAAGUCCCGAGGAAGAUCCAGAGAACCAGACGAUCGAUCACAGUAGUACAAAAAUGGGCGAACUAACUAAAGAUAUGGGAAUCGGAAAGAGAUUUAAACAUGCGGAUGCCAUUGAGGAGCGCGCGCGUGAAGCACGUGAGAGAUUUCGUCUAAAACAGCAAGCAAAACGAGCCCGACUUCUGGGACUUGAUCUUGAGGACGUGACCUCGCGCGCAAGUACCCCAGCAGAAGAUGGAGACAACGGAAGAGAAUCUGCUGCAGCCCGGGCCAGAGAACUAGGAGCUUCAAUCGGCGCAAACUCGCAAUCUGUUGGUUAUGAGGUUGUAGAUGGUCAGAUUAUUAUCAACCAGCAAUCACUCAUGGUAGACCGGCACGCGGCCCACGACAUGGGGACACUCGAGACCGUGGAAGAAGACGAGUUUUCCCGCCUGACCACCUCGUCGUCUUUCAGGCGAGAAAGUCGUAGAACAGGAGCAAAUCACUGGACGGACGAAGACACCGACAAAUUCUACCGACUCCUGGGCAUGUUCGGGACGGACUUCGAGACGAUCUCAGCCAUGUUCCCGGAGAAGAGCCGACGCGCGGUCAAGCUCAAGUUCAACCGGGAGGAGCGGCUGCGGCCGCGGUACAUCAACGCGACAGUCAUGGUACGCGGCGAGAAGAAGGUCGGCAUCGACCUCGAGGAGUACAAGGCGCACCAGCACGGAUGGCAGGAGAGUGAUAAGAUCAUGGCCGAGCACAACGAGCUGGUGCGCGAACAUAACGAGGACAUUCGACGCCUCAAAGAGGAGAGGCGCGCCGCGGGGCUUAUGGAUGAGGAUGAAGAGGCGGAGGGAGGACAACAGCAAGGUGAGGCGGGUGACGGCCAGGAAGGCAGUAAAGAAAAUGGUGAACAGGAGAAUGGAGAGGAUGCUGAGGACGGUGGUGAGGAGAAUGGAAAUGACGAUACCAAUGGCGAUGACGAGAACGAACCCGUUGACGAGUUACCCACAGAGGUUUCCGCCGAGAUAGCUAUCGAAGCCUAGACCACGGUCUCGACGGCCUAGGUAAACCGCGUGCAAGCUUGUUUCUUGAUACCCCAUUUCCUUAGCUUGCACGGUUACCUGCCGAAGAGCUGGACGAUAACUACGAAAGUUAAAAAUUGUAGAUUACUGGUGUAUUAGCCGAGAAAGAGGCAGGAAACUACCGUACUGUGCUUUUAGGAGGACCGACCCUUUCCAACGUUUCCUAGAACGUUGAGUUACGAGUAAAUGCUAAAUCGAAUUACGAUGACUACGAGGCUACACCGCUACGUUUCGAUUAUUUGGGUGCCGGAUUUUGUUCAAGCAUGCUCUAAUUAUCACGUAGGCGCAUAAGAGAGUCGGGCGAACA